AUAAAUUCCCAUGGGUGCAGGUUUUAAAACCCUAAAGCUUAAGGCGUCGUUCGCUCUCCACUUUGCUCGUCUCUUUUCUGCGGCCGCCUGCUUCAAUCUCAUCGUUCGAAGAUGAAGUUUAAUAUCGCGAAUCCGACUACUGGAUGCCAGAAGAAGCUGGAAAUAGACGAUGACCAGAAACUCCGUGCUUUCUUUGACAAGAGGAUCUCCCAGGAAGUCAGUGGAGAUUCCCUCGGGGAGGAAUUUAAGGGAUAUGUUUUCAAGAUUAUGGGAGGUUGUGACAAGCAAGGAUUCCCAAUGAAACAGGGUGUCUUGACCCCUGGCCGUGUCCGCCUCUUGCUUCACAGAGGUACCCCAUGUUUCCGUGGGUAUGGAAGACGCAAUGGAGAACGCAGGAGGAAGUCUGUGCGUGGUUGCAUCGUCAGCCAAGAUCUUUCUGUUCUGAAUUUGGUGAUUGUAAAGAAGGGAGACAAUGAUCUUCCUGGCUUGACAGACACCGAGAAACCAAGGAUGAGGGGUCCCAAGAGGGCAUCCAAGAUUCGCAAACUUUUCAAUCUCUCAAAGGAGGAUGAUGUUAGAAAAUAUGUUAACACAUACCGUAGAUCAUUCACCACAAAAUCUGGUAAAAAGGUUAGCAAAGCUCCCAAGAUUCAGAGGCUGGUUACCCCACUUACCUUGCAGAGGAAGCGAGGAAGAAUUGCAGAAAAGAAAAAGAGAAUUGCCAAGGCCAAAUCCGAGGCUGCUGAGUAUCAGAAGCUUCUGGCCUCGAGAUUGAAGGAGCAAAGAGAACGUCGCAGUGAGAGUUUGGCCAAGAAGAGGUCCAGGCUCUCGGCUGCCUCAAAGCCAUCCGUUGCCGCUUAGUUUGUUCGCAUUAUUAUUUAUGUCUCAGCGUUUCUGUUAUCUUUAUAUUUUCCAUUUCGUUUUGCUUUUAAAAGAAUGUACUUUUUGAUGAGGCUGCUUGCAUAUGACAUCUAGAAUGUUUUGGUAUUUUUGGUUUCUAAUUGACCACUCAUUUCUUGACAUUUACUUCAUAUUUUAUGAUAGUUGAGAGGAAGAAUUUUGGAA